GCGGGGGCGCGGGGGCGCGGGGGCGGGCGUGGCGGGGCCUGGCCGGGAUGCCCGGGCCGGGGGCGCGCGCGGAGGAGCGGGAUCCGGGUGCGGGCGCGGGCCAGCUGUGCGGGUACCUGCAGAAGCUGACUGGCCGCGGCCCGCUGCGCGCCUUCCGCAGCCGCUGGUUCGUGUUCGACGCGCGGCGCUGCUCGCUCUACUACUUCAGGGGCCCGCAGGACGCGCUGCCGCUCGGCCGCCUGGACAUAGCAGCCGCGGGCUUCAGCUGCCCAGACCCCGAGCCCGGCGCCGGCCCGUCAACGCGUCUGCAGGUGCAUAGCGCGGGCACCGUGACGGAGCUCAAGGCCCCCAACUGGCAGCUCAUGACCUACUGGCUGCAGGAGCUGCAGCAGAGACGCUGGGAGUUCUGCAACAACCUCGAUGUGGCCAAGUGCGACAGCGGACCCCCGCCCGCCCCCAGAGACUCUUCUAAGGGCCUUGUGGCCAGAGACUCCACAGAUGCCGUUUCCCCAAACCCAAAUGAUUCUGCAGAAAAAGCCAGAAAUGUGCUGGAGGCAUCCCCCGGGGAGCUGGUGGGGGAGCAGGUGGCCUGCCAGCCCGCCCCAGGACUCCCCCACACCCUCAACUUCACCCUGAAGCAGUGGGGUGCUGAGCUCAAAAACUCCAUGUCGUCUCUGCGUUCCGGGCGAGGCCACAGCGACAGUCGCAAAAGUGUGUUCUACACCAACGAGGAGUGGGAGCUGCUGGACCCCAGCCCCAAGGACCUGGAGGAGUCGGUGGUUCAAGAGGGUGGCCAAGGAGGGACAGGCUCUGACGUGGGGCGGGUCCCCCACAGAGCAAAGCGGCCCCUGUGGAGCAUGAUGGGGUCUGGCAGGCAGCGCCCGGCGUGCGGGGACCCCCCAGCUGAAGGCACCUCUGGCGGCGGGCCAGCUGAGGACACGCAGGAGGAGCUGGAGCAGCUGAGGAAGGACCUGGCCAGCCAGAAGGAACUGGUGCGCCUGCUGCAGCAGACGGUGCGCUCCUCGCAGUACGACAAGUACUUUGCCAGCAGCAGGCUGGGCGAGGGCUCGGCGCCCGACUCGCUGCAGCUACUGCUGCAGAAGGACGAACAGAUCCUGGGCCUGGCGGGCCAGCUGCAGCGGCUGGGCCUGGAGCGUGAGGGCCUGUGGCAGGAGGUGCGCAGCCUGCGGUGUGCGGUGGCCGAGCUCCGAGAGCAGCUGGCGAUGCUGCUGGAAACACUGCAGGCCAAGGACGAGGUCAUCAUCAAGCUGUCGCGGCAGCUCAGUGACGACCCCAUGCCCAGCUCCCCCACCGCCCCCGCCGGAGACCCCCUGGAGCUGGACCGGCUGAGGGAUGAUCUGCAGGGGUACAAAACCCAGAACAGGUUUCUCAACAAGGAGAUUCUGGAGCUCUCGGCUCUGCGGGGAAAUGCAGAGAGGAGAGAGCGGGACCUGCUGGCCAAGUACUCCAGCCUGGAGGCCAAGCUCUGCCAGAUCGAGAGCAAAUACCUGAUUCUGCUGCAAGAGGUCAAGACACCUGUCUGCUCUGAGGAGCGUGGCCCGGCCGGAGACGUGAUCGCGCAGCUGCUGGAGGACGCCCUGCAGGUGGACGCCCCCGAGCAGCCUGGCCAAGCGCUGCUGAAGCCGCACCCCGUCAGCGAAUACGACAUGUACGGCUUCCGCACGGUGCCUGAGGACGACGAGGAGGAGCGGCUGCUGGCCAAGGUGCGGGCGCUGGAUCUGAAGACGCUGCACCUGGCGGAGACGCAGGAGGUGUCCACGGGCGUCAAGUGGGAGAACUACCUGGCAGGCACUGUCAACCGCCAGAUGGCGCGCUGCCCCGAACUCAAGGCCCUGAUCCGAGCGGGUGUCCCGCACGAGCACCGCUCGCUGGUGUGGAAGUGGUGCGUGGAGCACCACACGCGGGCACUCAGGGAGGGCACGCCGCCCGGCUACUUCCAGGCGCUGCUGCGGCAGGCGCGGGAGCGGCAGAACCCCGCGUCCCAGCAGAUCGAGCUGGACCUGCUGCGCACGCUGCCCAGCAACAAGCACUACGCGGGGCCCGCCUGCGAGGGCGUCCAGAAGCUGCGCAACGUGCUGCUGGCCUUCUCCUGGCGCAACCCCGACAUCGGCUACUGCCAGGGCCUCAACCGGCUGGUGGCGGUGGCGUUGCUGUACCUGGAGCAGGAGGACGCCUUCUGGUGCCUGGUGGCCAUCGUGGAGGUGUUCAUGCCCCGCGACUACUACACCAAGACGCUGCUGGGCUCCCAGGUAGACCAGCGCGUGUUCCGGGACCUGAUGAGCGAGAAGCUGCCGCGGCUGCACGCGCACCUGGAGCAGCACCGUGUGGACUACACGCUCAUCACCUUCAACUGGUUCCUCGUGGUGUUUGUGGACAGCGUGGUCAGCGACGUGCUCUUCAAGAUCUGGGACUCCUUCCUGUACGAGGGCCCCAAGGUCAUCUUCCGGUUUGCACUGGCGCUCUUCAAGUACAAGGAGGAGGAAGUGCUGAGGCUUCAGGACUCCAUGUCCAUCUUCAAGUACCUCCGCUACUUCACCCGCACCGUCCUGGACGCCCGGAAGCUCAUCAGCAUCUCCUUUGGGGACCUGAACCCCUUCCCGCUGCGCCAGAUCCGGAACCGGCGGGCACAGCACCUGGAGAAGGUUCGCCUGGAGCUGACGGAGUUGGAGGCCAUCCGUGAGGACUUCCUGCGGGAGCGCGCUGCCAGCCCCGACAGGGGGGACAAGGGGGAGCUGGGCAGCGAUGAGGAGGUCACCUGACCCCACUCGCUGGGCUGCCGGGCGCCUCGGGCACCUGUGGGGGAGUAGUGCAUCUGCCUGCAGAAGCGCCGGAGGCCCGGGCAGGGGUGCCCAGCUGAGCUGGACGCCCACCCCCAGGCACCGAGCCUGGCCGUCCUUUGCGCUCUCCGGGCGGCGGUCACUGUCCUGGGAAGACCCCCGGGGAUUGUGGGUGUGUGCCCAGGGGUGGCAGGCUCUCCCGUGCCGGGGCCCUGGAGGGCCGGAGCACAAGGCCGGCUGCCCGUUCCUGCGGCCGUGUGCCAGGUGGGGCUCAGGCCUCACUGGGCUGAUGCGGCAUAGCCCUGGCCACCCGUUGGCCACAGGGCAGCCCUGCCCAGCUUCCAGCAGCCGCCCACGCCGUCCCUAGGGGCCUGCUUUCUCUGGGACCGAAGCCUCAGUGCCCCCUCCUCAUGUCCCUGGCUGCCCACCUCCACCAUGGGGACGUGGCCACAGGACAGGCGCCUCCAGGAGGCAGCCUAGACCAUCCCCCCAGUGAGAAGAGGCUCGCACCUGAGGGAGCCGUGUGGCCGCAGCACAGGGUGUCCUUCCCAGAGCCCCCGGGCGCGUCUGUCACUGUGCCCUGGGGGGGGGUGUCCCUAGUGGCCCGGAACCCCUUGUUCCCAGGACGCCCCGGCGGAGGACAGAAUGGAGCCAGUGUCUCCUCCACCGCCAGCCAGGCUCACUUCCCGUACAGCCAAGCAGCCUGUGCACCCACGGGGGGGCGCUCUGGGCCCCAGGCCACCCCAGCGUCCUGGUGAGCUGAGGCCGGGCUGUGCAGGCUGAGUGUGGAUUCCUGUGUAAGGUCACUACAGUUUCUAUUUUUAUAGGCCAUUUUUAUCAAAGAUUUUUCUAGACCACGUGCAUCUAUUUUGUAUAAGCAGCUUUUGAGUAUUUAUGGGAUGCAUGCCCGACCACCCCCGGGACCCUCCGGAGGGGCCCCAGCCACCCCGCCAGGAUCCAGGGAGCCUGUGGGAGCCGGUGCUCAGCCUGGCUGUGGGGCGCCCCCGCUGGGCUCGGGGAGCUGGGCCACGGCACCUCACCCCUCCCGUCACCCCAGCUUCCACGCGGAACCCUGAGGUUAAGCUAGAACCAGCACACUAAGCGGAAUAAAUGACUCAUUUGUGUA